AUGCGGGCGAGCGCGCGCGCGGAACGACGAACUCGACGGACGCGGGCGAUCGUCGGUGCGAUCGUCGUCGUCCUCGCGCUCGGCGUCGGCGUCGGUGCGGUGUGGACGGGGGCGGGAGAUGAUUCGGGCGGCGACGCCAACCGACGCUCGAGAUUGUCGUUCGAAGCGGACGCGGAUGAGACGGACGACGCGAACGACGGGCGCGAUGGAUGGAAAGGGGGACGACGUCGAUGGAUGCGCGAUUCGUGGCGACGGUGGGCGCUGAGCGUGUGCGUGCCGAUCGCGUCGCAGGUGAGGGACGCGCGGAGACGAUUGCGCGCGCUCGCGCUCGGCCGAGGCGACGAGGACAGAGUGGACGGAUUCGCCGAUCCCUCGCUGCCGAUAUUCGUCGUCGGCGCGACGACGUUGCUUUCGUUGGAGAAACGGUUAGAAAAAGAGCUCUGGGCGUGGUUCGUGGACUCGCUCGGAGUGUCCAAGACGUCUCCGGGACGGGCGCACCUGGAGAGCGUCUUGGCGAGCGACGAGACGACGCGUUCGCUCGAUCAGACGUACGAUGAGCUGCUCAAGAGGUUUCCGCGAGACGUCGUGGAUGACUCGGAGACAUCAGAGCCGUCGACGAGCGGGUUGAACGCCGAGGGAUUGAUAGCGUUUAGCGACGGCAUUCGAGGCUCGAUUUGGCCCGUCAUGGAACGAAGCCGAGCAGUGAAAAUCCAACCCGCGAGCGAGGCCGAGCACACCUUCUUGCUCGACCACUUCGACUUACUGUUUCCUCGCACGGAUCCUCUCGAUCGAGAGGCGUUCCACGCUCUGGCCAAGCUCAUUCUCGUCAGACGAAUCAUUAAGGCUCUCGUGAAGGACUUCGGCGGUCUCGGCGCGAUACGUCAAGGUCUCUCCACCGCGCUCGUAGUCGACGUUCGGGUCAUCAUCGACGACGGCGUCGUCUUCCGAGUGCACACUGUCGCGCCCAAAUCCGACGCAGUCGAACACACAGGUCGUCGAUUAAGCAUAAUCGCCGAGGCGGAGUAA